AGCUCACGGUUUGUCACAUUUCGCACUGAGGAUUAGCUGUUUGCGAUCCGAAAUUAUCAACUGUACGAUUGCAUUCGCCUGUCACCCUCACAUCCUUACCAACACCAUCUCUGGCACACAGACAGUGCCGUGGAGAUAUAAGCCUCAAUGGCGAGCUUCUUCGACCUGAAGGCUCGGAAACAAGCCGCAGCAAACGGUGGCCUGUCAGGCAAACCGGACAAGCAGACCAACGAGACCCCACGGGCCCAACCGUGGGUUGAGAAAUACAGACCGAAGACCCUAAGCGAUGUCACUGCCCAAGACCACACUGUCAAUGUCCUCCAGAGGACCCUCCAGGCCUCAAAUCUUCCGCACAUGCUGUUUUACGGCCCGCCUGGCACUGGCAAGACAUCGACUAUUCUCGCGCUGGCCAAGGAACUCUACGGCCCCGAGCUAGUGAAGUCGCGCGUGCUGGAACUCAACGCCUCCGACGAGCGCGGCAUCUCGAUCGUACGGGAGAAGGUGAAGGACUUUGCGCGGAUGCAGUUGACAAACGCCCCCGGCGGCGCCUACAAGUCCAAGUACCCCUGCCCGCCGUUCAAGAUCAUCAUCCUCGACGAGGCCGACAGCAUGACGCAGGACGCCCAGAGCGCCCUCCGCCGGACGAUGGAGACGUACUCCAAGAUCACGAGAUUCUGCCUGAUCUGCAACUAUGUCACGAGAAUCAUCGAUCCGCUGGCGAGUCGGUGCAGCAAGUUCCGCUUCAAGAGCCUCGACCAAGGAAACGCGAAGAAACGCCUAGAGGAGAUAGCCGAGAAGGAAGGCGUCCCCAUCGACGAUGCGGCCGUGGAUGCGCUGAUCAAGUGCAGCGAGGGUGACCUGCGGAAAGCCAUCACAUUCUUGCAGAGUGCGGCGAGGCUCGUGGGGGCGAGUGCGCCGGGUGCCGAGGGAGACGACGAUAAGAUGGACGUCGACCAGAGAACCAUAACUGUCAAGAUCAUCGAGGAUAUUGCCGGUGUCAUCCCCGACGGCACAAUAGACCAGCUGAUGGCCGCCAUAAAACCACGGGCCGGUGGCGAGACGUAUCAGGCCAUCGCAAAGGUGGUCGAGGAGAUGGUCGCAGACGGCUGGAGUGCAGGGCAGGUGGUAACGCAGAUCUACCAGGCUAUCAUCCACGACGAGGCGAUCCCGGAUGCUCAGAAGAACAAGAUUGUCAUGAUCUUCUCCGAGGUGGAUAAGAGGCUAGUUGAUGGGGCUGACGAGCAUCUGUCGAUCCUCGACCUGGCCCUGCGGAUAUCGGGUAUCAUGGCCGAGAUAUAAUGAGUAAUAUGAGCGAAAGAAAGUCUAGAAGGAUAUGAUUACCCAUCCUAUGCUGAGCAGUGGACAAAUGGGCUGGCAAAGCGUCGGCGAUACGUGACUUGCAUUUUCCUGGUGACUUGUAGUGAAUAGCCAACAAUUAAGAGAGCUCAUUUUCAGACCUCAGGAGUCCCAGAUUGCCAUCCAGGAUAGACCAUAUAUCGUCG